UACAUUUGUGUUAAUUAUGCAUACGUUUACUAAUCAGUAUUUAGGUGACCAAUUGUGUGCAACAGCUAUACAAUGGCGUUGAUCACAAAAAUACCGGAUUGUUUAUAUUUUACGAAAACUAUAAAUUUUAUGUACUAUUUUAAAAUGCCAAAUCAAAUUUUAAUUGUUAUUUGAAUUACACAUUUAUCUCAAAUCUCAAAAUGACCUGCAAUUACGUAGAUCUAAUUCUGAAAAUCGAACCGUAUUUGGUAUCACUUUUUUUUAUUUCAACGUUUACUUCUCCUUGUAUAAAAACGUAUAUCAAUAAAAGGCAGUCAAUCUAUUUAAUUUACAUUAAGUUGGAGGAGAUAGAAUGCUUAAUUAAAUACGUAUGUUUUGUUUUGUUAUUGGUGUUAAUUUCGGUUUUACAUUAUCAAUAGUGUAAAUAAAAUAAGUACUUUUAAAACUAGCAUUCUAAUGCAAGAUAAGUUUUCUGCAAGUAGUCGUAGGAUAAUAAAAUUAAGAAGAAAAUGGCUUCACACAUCUUAUCAGUUUGUAUGUUCUGCUUGCUAUGUGCUACACAUUCUCCAUGUGAAUCUCAUGCUAGCUUGGAUCAAGAAUUAUUGCCAAACAAUUCAAGAAUAUUUUCCAAGAAUCUACUAAGGACCGCCAAUUCAACAAGUCCUGAUUUAUUUGAAACAAAAUCUCGGAUAGAUGAUCAUAUUCCAAAUGCUUCCACUUCACCCAGGAUAAAUACAAAAACAAAAUACAACAAAAGUCUAAGAAAAAAGCAUACACGAUCUACUUCUAACACUAAUGCAUUUGAAAUUCCAUCAAAUGAAAAUUCAAGUAACUUUAAUAAAAUAGAAAAUGAUAAUACCAACAAAUUAGAUAAGCAGUAUUUAAAAAAAAUAUUUGAAAAGUAUGGUAAUGGAGAGACCAUGACUUUGGAAGGCUUUGAAAAAUUAAUGAAGCACCUGUCCCCUAAAUUUCCUGGUUUGUCUGAUAAUUCCCAUGUUGAAGACUUAGAAAAGACUGAUGUAACUCCCAAAAAUUCUACACAAACACAGUGUUUGGACCAAAAACAGCUCUAUUCAUCUAUUUUGUCUACUGAUUCCAAUAAAACAACAAUUACUGAUGACAAUUUAAUGAAUGUUUGUCCUGUGAUAUUAUACACAAUGGUUUUUGGCACAUGUACUUCACAGCACGACGGUCAUACAGUCGCUGAUGAUUCGUUAAUCAAAAAAAGCUACUUUUCUGUAUGGCUUUAUUCAAAUGUUGCAGUGAUUGUAGUAAGCGUUUGUGGUGUAAUUGGAUUGGCUGUUAUACCUAUCAUGCAGAAAAAAUAUUACCAAUCACUUCUACAAUUUCUAGUAGCGUUAGCGGUCGGGACCCUUGCUGGAGAUGCGCUUUUACACCUCCUUCCCCAUGCAAUGUCAGCUACUAGUGAUCACCAUGAUCCUGACCACGAUCAUCAUGAUCAUACCAUAAACAUGUGGAAAGGAUUGGUAGCCAUGAUGGGACUAAUACUUUUCUUCGUGACCGAAAAAGUUAUCAUUUUUGGGGCAAAAUGGCGUAAAAAGAGCCAGUUAAAAAAGAAAAUACCAAAAAUGAAAGUUAUGAGAUCUAACGAUCUUGGACCGCCAACUAGUGGAAAUGAGCGGCAAUGCAAGCACAAAUACAGUUCAAUUCCUUAUUGUUAUGACACCAUCACCAUGAUGGAUGCGUCCCAGUGUCACGACAGUGUUGAAUCGCACAAUGACACCGCUACCACAACGUUUAACGACGUCGAUAGCGAGUGUGAAAUACAGUCCUUUAAAAAAUCUAAUUCAAACAAUAGCAACAAGAUUGAAUUUAAUCAAAAUAUGACUGAGUGUCCAGGAAAAAUGAACGGAUAUUCGUGUACAGACGGGAAUAAGAUGCUCGAAAGUCAAAACAGUAAAGAUAGUAAUAGCGUGGAAGAAUACACGGUGAUUUUAAGAGAACAUGAGAACAAACAUCACGGACAUUCCCACACCCAUGGACAUGUCCAUGCGGCUCCGCAAAAUCUAUCUUCAGUCGCAUGGAUGGUUAUCAUGGGAGAUGGAUUGCACAAUUUUACUGAUGGAAUGGCCAUUGGAGCUGCAUUCACAGGUGGAAUUGCUGGUGGUUUUUCUACGGCUGUGGCCGUUUUUUGUCACGAACUUCCUCAUGAGCUUGGAGAUUUUGCAAUGCUACUAAAGGCUGGUAUGAGUAUGAAACAGGCACUUUUUUAUAAUUUGUUAUCGAGCUUUCUGUGCCUGAUGGGGAACGCGUUUGGGGUGUGGUUGGGCGAAAUGGAAUCGGCAAGCACAUGGGUGUUCGCAGCGGCCGCUGGCACGUUCAUUUACAUCGCCCUCGUCGAUAUGAUACCUGAGCUUUCCUCUGGACAUGACGAAGAUUCGUCUUUAUUGCAAUGUUUCCUGCAUUUAUCAGGCUUACUGCUUGGGUGCGGAAUUAUGAUGCUGAUUGCAUUAUAUGAGCACGACCUUAAAAAUAUCUUCUGAUGGUGUUGAAACAAAUAUACUGUUUAACAACAUAAUAAUUCAAAGAUGCAGGUGCUAACUACAGGGGCUAGAGUGUAAACUACUUUUAGGUAUACUUAUGAUGUGUAAGGCGUG